UGUGACGUAAACACGCACCGACUUAGCGGCCUCGUGGAAGUUUGCGGGCAUUUUUCUUCUCCAGUCAGGGCUUGGAGUAGGGUUGGAGUCCGGGGAAGGAAAAUAAAUAUAAUUGAAGAUGUUGGUGCUCUUUGAGACUGCUGCGGGCUAUGCUAUUUUUAAAGUCUUAGAUGAGCAGAAGCUGCAAGAGGUCGACAGCCUUUGGAAAGAGUUCGAAACGCCAGAGAAAGCGAAUAAAAUAGUUAAACUAAAACAUUUCGAGAAGUUCCAGGACACCACAGAAGCAUUAGCAGCUGCCACAGCACUGGUGGAGGGGAAGAUUGGGAAGAGCCUGAAGAAAGUCCUCAAGAAGGUUGUGGCCAAAGAGGCCCAUGAGCAGCUGGCCAUCCAUGAUGCCAAACUGGGUGGAGUCAUUAAGGAAAAGCUGAACCUGAGCUGUGUGCACAGCCCCGCUGUCGCCGAGCUCAUGAGGGGCAUCCGGAAUCAGAUGGAGGGGCUGAUCACGGGGCUGCCCCCGCGCGACUUCAGCGCCAUGUCCCUGGGUCUGGCGCACAGCCUCUCUCGAUACAAGCUCAAGUUCAGCCCUGACAAAGUGGACACCAUGAUUGUGCAAGCCAUCUCUCUUCUGGAUGACCUGGACAAGGAACUGAACAACUACAUUAUGCGCUGUAGGGAGUGGUAUGGCUGGCAUUUCCCUGAGCUGGGAAAGAUUGUAACUGACAACUUGGCGUACUGCAAGGCCAUCCGUAAGAUCGGUGACCGCACCAACGUGGCAAGUACCGACCUUUCGGACAUCCUACCCGAGGAGGUGGAGGCGGAGGUCAAGCUGGCGGCAGAGAUCUCCAUGGGGACAGAGGUGUCGGAGCAGGACAUCUGCAACAUCGUGCACCUGUGUGACCAGGUGAUCGAGAUUUCAGAAUACCGUGCGCAGUUGUACGACUACCUGAAGAACCGCAUGAUGGCCAUCGCCCCCAAUCUGACGGUCAUGGUGGGGGAGCUGGUGGGGGCUCGGCUGAUUGCGCAUGCAGGGUCUCUGUUGAACUUGGCCAAGCACCCGGCCUCCACGGUUCAGAUCCUGGGGGCUGAGAAGGCCCUCUUCAGGGCACUGAAAACCAAGCGAGACACCCCGAAAUAUGGGCUCAUUUACCACGCCUCUCUCGUGGGUCAGACCACAGCUAAGAAUAAGGGCAAGAUCUCCAGAAUGCUCGCUGCCAAGGCGGCACUGGCUAUCCGCUACGAUGCUCUCGGGGAGGAUACCAACGCGGAGAUGGGUGUGGAGAACCGCGCCAAGCUGGAGGUCAGGCUGCGGCAGCUCGAGGAGAAGGGGAUCCGACGUAUCAGUGGGGCAGGAAAAGCACUGGCCAGGGCUGACAAAUACCAGCACAAGAGCGACGUCAAAGUGUACGAUCCCUCUGCUGACUCCACGAUCCCCACGGCCUCCAAAAAGAGGCGGUUUGAGGAAGUAGAGGAGAGCGAGGAGCCAGUGGAAGUCAAACCCAAGAAGGUUAAAAAGGAAUCUGUACCACAAGAAGCUGAGGCAGAAAUGGAAACGGAAACUCCCAAGAAGAAAAAGAAGAAGAAGAAGGAAAAGGCAGAAGUGGUGGAGGAGCCUGAGGAAGUGGCAGAGGAAGAGGUGGAGGUCGCCCCGGCCAGUGAAGAGACAACAGAAAAGAAGAAAAAGAAGAAGAAAAAGAAAAUCAAGGAGGAGGAAGAGGACUGAGCGAAAACUGACUUUAGUUUUUGUUUGCUAUUGCACAUGCCCAGAUAUUUCUGAGGUGAAUUUUAGGACCUGAAUAUCUGGGUGCUGAAUACAGGACGUUGGAUCACCUUCUAGAUCAGAUAAUACAUAAUGGUAUUUGGUUUUUUGUGUUCAGUGGACCGAAAAGCAUUGUGUGAAUGACCUUUAUGCCAUGUCUUAGUGCAGGAGACCAGAGUUUGCCCCGGCGGCUCAUUUCCUAUUUUGGCUGCAUCUUUAAAUAUAUGUUUGAGAACUUUUUUCCCCUC